UUAACCACAAAAACUUUUUGCUUAUAUGCCGUUACUCAGCGUUUCCUCUGUAUACGAGUCAAAGUUUGUUAAAUAUUAGAAAAAUCCCAAAAGAUCAAUUACGACUUGUUGUUAGUUGAUAUACUUCCGAAAAGAUGACUGAUGUGAAAGCAGCACCCCCUAAAACUGAUCCCAAAACAACGGAAGAUGAAAAGAAUGAUUUAUCCGAAGAAGAUAAGUUACUCCAAGAGGAACUCAAUAUGUGUGUUGAAAGGCUUGAAGACAAGGACGAAAAUUUGUACCUUCCGGCACUACAAUCUCUCGCUAAUCAUAUAAGAAUGUCUACAACAUCCAUGACGUCUGUGCCCAAGCCUUUGAAGUUCAUGAAACCCCAUUACGGUACAAUGAAAAAAGUGUAUGAGAAAAUCUCAGAUACUGAAGUUAAAAAAGUAUGUGCUGACAUUAUAUCAGUUCUUGCUAUGACUAUGGGAGAAGGCAGAGAAUGUUUGAAAUACCGUUUACUAGCAGAUCUCAAUAGCAUUGGAGAAUGGGGCCAUGAAUACGUUAGACAUCUAGCUGGAGAAAUUGCUGCCGAAUGGCCAGAAAUUGAUGCGGAAGAAAAAAUAAACAAUGUGAUUUUAUUAGUGAAACAAAUUGUUCCAUAUAAUCUAGCUCACAAUGCUGAAGCAGAAGCUUGUGACCUUCUCAUGGAAAUAGAUAAAUUAGAAUUAUUGGAGGAAUACGCAGAUGAGAAUACUUAUCAAAGAAUUGUUCUGUAUUUAACAAGCUGUGCCCCCUAUGUAGCGGAGCAGGAUGUUCAAGUGCUGUUACGAGUAGCAUUAGCUUUAUGCCGAGAAUUUGAUCAAUACGCUCAAGCACUCAGAAUCGCCAUGCAAAUGAAUGAACUUGUGCAUAUUGACGAUAUUUUCUGUUCAUGUCCAGAUAUUGCUAUUCAGAAACAGUUGGCAUUCAUGCUGGCUAGACAACAAAUCUUCCUCGAAAUAACAGACGUUUUACCAGAACAUGAAGAUCUUGUUGAUAUCAUGUCUAAUUGUCACCUAAGCAACCAUUUCCUCAAUUUAGCCCGAGAAUUAGAUAUCAUGGAGCCGAAAACGCCUGAAGACGUCUAUAAAUCCCAUCUAGAAAAUACCAGGCCCCAGUUUGGUGGAAGUCAAGUAGAUUCUGCCCGUCAAAAUUUAGCAUCAAGUUUCGUGAAUGGUUUUGUAAAUGCAGCGUUUGGUCAGGAUAAACUUCUAAUGGAGGACGGUAACAAAUGGCUAUACAAAAACAAGGAGCAUGGAAUGUUGAGCGCUACAGCAUCCCUAGGAUUAGUACUACUUUGGGAUGUAGAUGGAGGUUUGACGCCAAUCGAUAAAUAUUUAUACUCGUCAGAAGACUACAUUAAGUCGGGAGCACUUCUUGCUUGUGGUAUCGUCAACUGUGGAGUGAGGAACGAGUGCGAUCCAGCUCUAGCUUUAUUGUCUGACUAUGUUCUUCAUAACUCUAACAUAAUGAGAAUCGGUGCAGUUGUAGGCCUUGGAUUAGCUUAUGUAGGCUCUAAUAGAGAGGCUGUUCUGAGUCUCCUGAUUCCAGUAUUGAGCGAUUCUAAAUCUAGCAUGGAAGUUAUUGGUAUGGCCGCUUUAGCCUGUGGAAUGAUUUCUGUGGGAUCGGCGAACCAUCAAGUAACAAGUUCUAUAAUUCAGACCCUCAUGGAAAAAUCCGAGACAGAAUUGAAAGAUACGUAUGCAAGGUUCCUGCCUUUGGGAUUGGGUUUGUGUAUGUUGGGAAAACAAGAAGGGGCAGAUGCAAUUCUUGCAGCUUUGGAGGUCAUCCCUGAGCCAUUCAAGUCCAUGGCGAUGACAAUGGUUGAUAUAUGCGCUUACGCAGGUACAGGGAACGUUCUGAAAGUCCAACAACUAUUGCAUAUCUGUUCCGAGCAUUACGAAUCUUCCGACAAAGACGACGCAAGCAGUAAAAAAGACAAGGACAAGAACAAGGAAAAAGAGGAUAAAGACAAAGAUCUGUCUUCGAGGCAGGCUAUUGCAGUACUUGGAAUUGCGCUCAUAAGUAUGGGUGAAGAUAUAGGAAGUGAAAUGGCUUAUAGGACUUUCGGACAUCUGUUGAGAUACUGUGAACCUGUUAUUCGUAGGGCGGUUCCGUUAGCACUUGGUCUUAUUUCAGUGUCCAAUCCCAAAUUGAAUAUUUUGGAUACACUCAGCAAAUUCUCUCACGAUAGCGACGCCGAAGUCGCCCAUAACGCUAUUUUUGCUAUGGGUUUAGUUGGUGCAGGCACGAACAAUGCCAGAUUAGCUGCUAUGCUCCGGCAGCUAGCUCAGUACCAUGCUAAAGAUCCUAAUAAUUUAUUCAUGGUCAGAAUAGCUCAAGGUCUGACACAUUUAGGUAAAGGAACACUCACGCUGAGCCCCUAUCAUAGCGAUAGACAGUUGAUGAGUCCAGUUGCAGUUGCUGGUCUCCUUGCAACUCUUGUAGGAUUUUUGGAUGUCAAAAAUAUAAUUCUUGGCAAAUCCCAUUAUUUACUCUACACUUUGGCAGCGUCAAUGCAACCGAGAAUGUUGGUUACUUUUGAUGAAGAACUGAAUGCCCUCCCUGUACCUGUAAGGGUUGGUGUAGCUGUUGAUGUUGUCGGACAAGCCGGUAAACCUAAGACUAUUACUGGUUUCCAAACUCAUACAACUCCUGUACUUUUGGCGCACGGAGAAAGAGCAGAAUUGGCUACAGAAGAAUAUAUUGCUCUCACGCCCAUAAUGGAAGGAUUUGUCAUUCUCAGAAAGAAUCCUAAUUAUAACCCUUAAGUUGAUUUUUUAUGAUAAUCUUCAUUUUGAAAAAAAACCAUGUUUUUCAGAACCCUUUAACUAUGUGUUAUAUUCCUAUAUUUCAUCAAUAUAGAUCAUAGUGGAAAUAUAAUUUAGAUUAAUAAAGAGUGAACUGUUUCAUAAAAAAAAUCCAAUAUA